GCCUGAAAGCAAGCUUCCCUCCCCCAACCUCUCCAGGCCCUCUGAUCCUGUACACUGGCCAGGGCCCAGGUGGGUGUUGAGGUGCACACACGCACACAGGAGUCCUGCAGGCAGCUGUGGGGAGGAAGGUGCUCCAGGGAAGAGGCACUGGAGGUGCCUGGGACGGCCUGUGCCUUGCCGGGCUUUGCACACACAGGCCAGCCCAGCCCAGAGGACAACACAAGACCACCGUCAGUGACCCAAAGAACAAGCUGCAGACGUGCUACAGAACAGACCCUGCAGGCAGAAGGGGUCGGGCUUUGGGACACCUGAGGAAGCGCACUUGGCAGAGGGAACGGACCGGCCCUUGCAAAAGCCCUGAGGCAAGAAUGUGCCAGCCCAGGCGCGCGGGGCAGCUCGGAGCCGGAGACCGCGAAGCCGGUGCCCUCGCGUCCUGCUGCCGCCCUGCCCCAUGGGCGCCACGCUCCUCCUCGCCUUCGGGCUUUUGGCCCAGGGCCUCAGCCUAUCUUUGGGCAGCCCCGAGCUGAGGAGGCCCAGCACCCUGGACCCCUGGCGCCGGGCACAGAUGUCAGGCCGCGUGCGGAGGGCCUGGGUCAUACCACCCAUCAGCGUGUCCGAGAACCACAAGAACCUCCCCUACCCCCUGGUGCAGAUCAAGUCUGACAAGCAACAGCUGGGCAGCGUCAUCUAUAGCAUCCAGGGACCUGGCGUGGACGAGGAGCCCCGGGGCAUCUUCUCCAUCGACAAGUUCACUGGGAAGGUGUUCCUCAACGCCACUCUGGACCGUGAGAAGACAGACCGCUUCAGGCUGAGAGCCUUUGCCUUGGACCUGGGGGGAUCCACCCUGGAGGACCCCACAGACCUGGAGAUCGUGGUUGUGGACCAGAACGACAACCGGCCAGCCUUCCAGCAGGAGGUGUUCACUGGCCGGGUGCUGGAGGGCACGGUGCCAGGCACCUUCGUGACCAGGGCAGAGGCCACGGAUGCUGACGACCCAGAGACAGACAAUGCAGCCCUCCGGUACUCUCUCCUGGGGCAGGGCGGCCAUGAGCUCUUCACCAUCGAUGAGCUCACGGGGGAGAUCCGGACAGUGCAAGUGGGGCUGGACCGAGAGGCAGUCGCCGUGUACAAUCUGACAGUGCAGGUGGCAGACAUGUCUGGAGAUGGCCUCACCGCCACUGCCUUGGCCAUCAUCUCUGUGGAUGAUAUCAAUGACAACGCCCCAGAGUUUACUAGAGACGAGUUCCUCAUGGAGGCCCCAGAGGCUGUCAGUGGAGUGGAUGUGGGGCGGCUCAAGGUGGAGGAUAGGGACCUGCCAGGCUCCCCCAACUGGGCGGCCCAGUUCAUCAUCUUGGGAGGUGACCCUGAUGGGCAGUUCGCUAUCCGCACAGACUCCAAGACAAACGAGGGAGUGCUGUCUGUGGUGAAGCCCCUGGACUACGAGACCCAAGAGCUCUACCAGCUCAUGGUAUCGGUGCAGAAUGUGGCCCCACUGCAGGUGGCUGCUCCCAGGGCCCGGAGGGGCCAUGCACGGGUCAGUGUGCACGUGCGAGACAUCAACGAGGCCCCUGUGUUCCAAGAGAACCCACUUCGGACCAGCCUGGCUGAGGGGGCACCCCCCGGAACCUCCGUGGCCACCUUCUCCGCCCAGGACCCUGACACACAGCAGCUGCAGAGGCUCAGCUACUCCAAGGACUAUGACCCUGAAGACUGGUUGCAAGUGGAUGGAGCCACUGGCCAUAUCCAGACCCAGAGGGUGCUCAGCCCCACCUCCCCCUUCCUCAAGGACGGGUGGUACAGAGCCAUCAUCCUGGCCCUUGAUGAUGCUUCCCCACCCUGCACAGCCACCGGCACCCUGUCCGUGGAGAUCCUGGAGGUGAACGACCAUGCCCCUGUGCUGGCACCACCACUUCUGGACAGCCUGUGCAGUGAGCCCCACCAAGGCACCGGCCUCCUCCUGGGUGCUACAGAUGAGGACCUGCCUCCUCAUGGGGCCCCUUUCCACUUCCAGCUGAGCCCCAGGCUCCCAGAGCUCAGCCGGAACUGGAGCCUCAGCCCUGUCAACGUGAGCCACGCACGGCUAUGGCUGCGGCAUCAGGUCCCCGAGGGCCUGCACCGCCUGAGUAUUCUUCUCCGGGACUCAGGGCUGCCGCCCCAGCAGCGCGAGCAGCUGCUGAAUGUGACUGUGUGUCGCUGUAGCCAAGAUGGUGCCUGCCUGCCAGGGGCUGCUGUGCUGCGGGCAGGGGGCGCGGGCAUUAGCCUGGGCGUCCUGGCCAUCGUGCUGGGCAGUGUCCUACUGCUGCUGUUGCUGGUCUUGCCUGUGGCGCUCCGAGUGCGGCUCCAGCAGCGGACUCAGGACAAGGGGGUGCUGCCCAGGCUGCAAGAUGACCUUCGAGACAACAUCCUCAACUAUGAUGAGCAGGGAGGCGGGGAGGAGGACCAGGAUGCCUACGACAUAAGCCAGCUGCGCCACCCGGUAGAGCUGACUGCCCUGAGCACCCUGGGACGGCCACUGCUGCGCCGUGACACCCCCUACGGCCGAGUGCCACCCCAGCCACCCCGAGCAAUGCCCACCAGUCCUGCUGACAUCGAGGACUUUAUCAAUGAGGGUUUGGAGGCUGCAGACAGUGACCCCAGUGUGCCGCCCUAUGACACGGCUCUCAUCUACGACUUCGAGGGUGACGGUUCCAUGGCUGGGACGCUGAGCUCCAUCCUUUCCAGCCUGGGUGACCAGGACCAGGAUUAUGACUACCUCAGGGACUGGGGUCCCCGCUUUGCCCGGCUGGCAGACAUGUACGGGCACCCAUGGGGGUCCGAGUGAGGGGCUAGACUUGGCAUCUAGAUGUGUCCACUGGGCCAGGGAUGGGGCCUUUCUCCUGGGGGCACCUCAUCCAGAUGUGGAGUGGACCGUCUGACCACGGGGGCCUAUCUGGACACACACCCCAGGCCAGGUAGUGGAGAUGGCUCAGCAACACAGCUUGAGGGCACCUGGCCCCUAUUUCUGGGCCUGGGUGACCUCCUUCAGGAAAGGCCUAAGUCCAGGGCACAGGACUCAGGAUGUGGAGGGAGCGGCUGGGAGACCCACCCUUCUGCUGGCAUAGGGACAGCUUCCCUGGGUCUCCCCCUGGGGCCCUCCACCCCUACUCCCACCUUUGCUUUCUAAGAAAGGACCUCCUUUUUGUACAAAGAAAACAGCCCCCUAGUAAAU